UUCCCCCUUCCUUCCUUCCUUCUCCCCCCCUCAAACCCCCCACCGCGUCCCGGUUUCUGCGGUGCUCGCCGCCAAGCUCGGAGCCCCGCCCCCUCCGCUGGUCGCCCUGUAGUAGUGGGAGGCGGGGCUAUGGAGACGGAGUAUUACGGUGGGGAACCGUCAGCGAUACCGAAAAUUGAUUUGUGCUUAGGCACGGCUAGCAGAAUACAAAAUGCAUGAUGGUGGAGCAACACCAGUGCAGGAUGAACGUGAUUCAGGAUCGGACAUGGAAGAGAACGGAAAUGAACAGCACUCUGGAUCAGAGAAUGGAAGCAUAGGACAACAUUCAGAGAAUGAACUUAGUGAUGGAGAAGAUGACAGACAAACUACAGAACACCCCAUGACAGACUCUGAAAACGAAGAUACUCCAAGGCAGAAACAUAGUGAUUCCGAAAACGAGGAUGCUCCAAAUGAUAAUGCCAGUGACUCAGAAAAUGAAGGGACUCAUAGAGGUAAAGACAGUGAUUCUGAUAAUGAGGAUCGCCCAGUUCACCAUGCCAGUGACUCUGAGAAUGAAGAUGCUGUAAAUAACCAGGCCAGUGAUUCUGAGACUGAGGAGCCUCCUAAAGGCCAUGGUAGCGAUUCUGAAAAUGAGGAGCCCCAGAAGCCCUUGGCCAGUGAUUCUGAAAAUGAGGAACCCCAGAAGCCCUUGGUCAGUGAUUCUGAAAAUGAAGAAUCACACAAAGAUCAUACGAGUGACCUAGAAAAUGAGGAGCCACAGAAACGUCCAGCCAGCGACUCAGAAAAUGAAGAGCAUCAAAAAUCGCAUGAUAGUGAUUCAGAGAAUGAAGUAGCUCCAAAACCUCUUGCCAGUGACUCUGAAAAUGAGGAGCCAAAGGUUCAGCCCAGUGACUCUGAAACUGAAGAUAUUACUGGAAACAAACCAGAAAUAGAGACCGGUGAUAGCAACAAAGAACAUAAAGAGGAUGAUGAGGAGGAAACAGAGAAUGGUGCUCAGCUUUCAGACAAUGAGCAACUAGGAAAAAGGCUUCAGGACUCUGACAGCGAGGAAGAAGACAGUCCUAAAAAACAGAAGCUAGUAGACAGUGAUGAGGAAGAAGGGAAAGAAGAGGAAAAAUUGACAAAGAGGAAAGCUACUGUCCUCUCUGAUAGUGAGGAUGAUGAAAAAACACCAGCUGUAAAAAAAAGCCGGAUAAUCUCAGAUGGUGAAGAAUCUGAUAGUGAUGCUGCAUCAGAGAAAUACGAGAAGCAAAAGAAACCUCUAGAAUCCGAUAGCGAGGAUGAGGGUGACAAGGCUGAUGAUGGAAAGAAGAAAGAAGAGAAGGAUCUUUUUGGGAGUGACAGUGAGUCAGGAAAUGAGCAAGAAAACCUUAUUGCAGAUAUAUUUGGAGAAUCUGGAGAUGAAGAAGAGGAAGAAUUUACAGGAUUUAACCAGGAGGAUUUGGAGGAAGAGAAAGGAGAAAGGAAAGGAGCAGCUGACGAUUCAGACUCUGAUGACAAUAUCAAAAGAGGAAAGCACAUGGACUUCAUGUCAGAUUUUGACAUGAUGUUACAACGGAAAAAGAGCAUGAGUGGCAAACGCCGGCGCAACCGUGAUGGUGGGACAUUCAUUAGCGAUGCUGACGAUGUAGUCAGCGCUAUGAUCGUGAAGAUGAAUGAAGCAGCAGAGGAGGAUAGGCAGCUGAAUACACAGAAGAAACCAGCACUAAAAAAGUUAACUUUGCUGCCAAUUGUUGUUAUGCACCUUAAAAAGCAGGACCUGAAAGAAACUUUCAUUGACAGUGGUGUGAUGUCAGCCAUCAAAGAGUGGCUUUCACCACUACCAGACCGGAGUCUACCAGCACUGAAAAUUCGUGAGGAGCUUCUGAAGAUUCUGCAAGAGUUGCCUAGUGUAAGCCAAGAGACCUUAAAGCACAGUGGGAUUGGACGAGCAGUGAUGUAUCUCUACAAACACCCUAAGGAGUCACGACCCAACAAGGACAUGGCAGGGAAGCUAAUUAAUGAGUGGUCUCGGCCUAUUUUUGGUCUAACAUCAAACUACAAGGGAAUGACCAGAGAAGAAAGGGAACAGAGGGAUCUGGAGCAGAUGCCACAGCGAAGGCGGUUGAGCAGCUCUGGUGGUCAAACACCCCGCAGGGACUUGGAGAAAGUAUUAACAGGGGAGGAAAAAGCGCUAAGGCCUGGCGAUCCAGGAUUUUGUGCUCGUGCAAGAGUUCCAAUGCCCUCCAACAAGGAUUAUGUGGUCAGACCCAAGUGGAAUGUGGAAAUGGAAUCUUCUAGGUUCCAGGCAAGCUCCAAGAAAGGGGUCAGCCGCUUGGACAAACAGAUGCGGAAGUUCACAGACAUCAGGAAAAAAAGCAGAACGUCCCACGCUGUGAAAAUCAGCAUUGAAGGCAAUAAAAUGCCAUUGUGACUCCAUCCAGGAAGGAUAUUUUCUGAAUUCUGCUGUGAGAAUUGCACCUACAGACUCUUGGAAAGAUGUCUACAUUUUUUUAAACGAACUCUGGGUGUUUUUUUUAAGUGUAUCUUCAGAUUGUUGGUUCAGAUGGUAGUAAUACAUGUUGGCGGAGGGUUGUGAACCCUGGAUGUUGUUCAUUAUGAUUGUAUUUAACCUGGUCUCUUGUGUCCUUUGUACAGAUGAAAGCUUGUAUUGCUACAGACCUCAGACAUUAAAAUCUUUCUGAUGUG